AUGAGCGCGGAGGACGAGAACCUGGGGCCCCUGGUCCGGCUAUGGGGCCUCCGGACGGAGCAGCUCCCGGCGCCGAGCGCAACUACGGCCGACUUGGCGCCGUUCCUCAUCGCCGUGCUGCAGGAAGCCGUCCCUUUUAUCGAUGCCGUCGCGCCCAAGGAUGGUACUGCACGGCCAAGUGAGUGGAAGGCGAAGGGCACCAAGUCCUACCCUGAGUCGACGGCGCAGGUUGAGCUGUACGAGCGCGUUAUCCCCGCCGCAGAGCUCGAAAAGGAGGCGGCGAGGAACAGUCUGUCUAAUGGCGUGGAUGCUCCUGAGACGUGGGCUUGUCGGAGGAGUAUUCACAAGGACAGGCCCUCGAAGGGGACUGCGGCUUGGGAGGAGUUUGUAAAGUGCUUCAAGGACGACCAUGUUGAGGCCGAGAAGGCGUUUACUCCGAAUGUCAUGGAGGCGAGAGAGGCGCUGGCCUGGGAUUGUGCCGGGGUCGCUGUUGAAGAGGGCGGCUCGACGUGGGACGACUUCAAGGUCGGCGUAUUUGAGAUCAAACACAAACUCGGGAUGCCGCUGAAGAACCGCGUAUUUCCCGAGUUGAUCAUUACGGCAAAGGCGAGGGAAGCCGACGAGUUCAUCGUCGUGUCUAUUCCCAUGGCAGAUCUCGACAAGGCGGACUACGGCGGACUGGUGAAGGAGAAGGGGAUCGUCAUGGCAGCCUAUGUGAGCGUCGAGAGAGUGAGGAAGACGCCAACGGGCGCAAUCGAAUGGAUCAUGGCAACGGCAUCGGACGCAAAGGGGGUCUUGCCUGCUUGGAUACAGGCCAGAGCUGUGCUUGGCGUGGUUGCCAAAGACGUGGCGCUCUUUCUGGGAUGGAUCGCUGAGGAGCGCGAAAAGGGAACGAGCGUGGGCAAGUGGACUGCCGUCAAGGGGAACAGAACCGAUCCCAACCGCAGAGCAUCGACUGCUCUUGAGGAUGGCGAAUCUUCCUCGCAGGGAAGGAACUCAAGACAAGGGGUGUCGUCGAGACACGGGAAGGAACCGGCUGCUAGUCUGAACGGGACGAGGGCAGGGACGAAUGGGCAAGCACACGUUUGA